AUGCUGCUAGCCCCGGUGGCUGUCAAGCCCAACAUCAGUGUCAACAUCAUCGCCGACGCAGACACAGACAUCAGCACCUUAGCCACCACCACCGCCAUGCCAGGGGUUCCUUCCCUGAGGAUAGGGCUUCCCGGACUGAAGGUCAUGAUUGACCCGUUGGAUGAGUAUGUCGCGGCGCCACUAGAGCUGGGAGAUAGAUUCUACCUGAUAGGUCAGACUUCAUGGCAGCUGCAACAACUCCAUCUUGGCGGGCAAAGCACCGACAAUGGCGGUGAUGGCCACAACCAGUAUCAAAACCAGGGUCAGGACCUGGAUUCGGGGCUAGAACCAGGCUCGGGCUCGGGACGGAAUUGGAAUCGGGAACAGGACCGGGGUCGGGGAUCCGGACAGCAGGAUCAACUACGCCCUGGUCGCGACCAGCGCACCUCAUUCCCUAAGGGAAGGGGACAGGUCAACGGCGUGCACGGAGAGGAGGAUCGUCGUCAGUAUGAGAGCCCUGACCGGGACGGCGGGGAGGGGGAGUGA